UACAGACUGAGCACGAGAUGGAGGGAAACAAGGUCGAAUAUGCAGAGAAUAUCAGGAGGACAGAGUGCGAGUCGGAGCGAUCGUGCACAUACGCAACGCUGGGUCGCUGACACCGACAGACAACGUACAAUGACAGGGGGCCAGGGUAGAGGCCGCGUACGACACAGAUGCGUUGGAACCGCGCCAAGCGCAGGGGGAGGGAUAUCACCGAUGGGGACCUGGCGGGCAAAAGCGAGGUGACUUCAGCGGAUCUGGCCCGGGGGCUCGUGAUCAGAACGGUUCGGAGUGGGUUCGAGGGCGGUUCGUAUGUCGGCGUGAGUCAGACUACUGCCGGCCAAUGGGAGGCGCAGGAGGAUGUUGCUACCCUGGAGUGAUCUGGCUUCUUUGGGGGCGCCCGCGCGCGGCGCCGCACUGCUGGAGGUGAGAGCGAGGUCAGCGAUCGGGGUGCACAGACGGUCGGCGGC